CUGCUGGUGGGGUAGGGAGGAGGGGCAGGUGGGGAGGCAGGUGAGGAGGUGUGGUAAGGUGUAUGAUUUCAGAGGAGGUAGCAGAGGAUUUGCUGAUGGGCUGGCUCUGAACACCCUGAGAAGGGAACCUUCUGGCUUUUGAGACUCCUGGCUGCAGCCAUGGCGAUGGGGCUCCUCUUUGGACACUUCAGACUUGAGGGUCAUCCAAGAGGAGGAGAUGUCAGGCCAGCAUUUAGAUACUGAGUCUGGAGCUCAGCGGAAAGGCGGACUGGAGACAGUAACUUCGGAGUCUUGAGAACACUGCAGGUAUGCAAGGCUGAGGAGAGAAUGAAAGCAUUUCCUAAAGGCGCAGGCCCCAAAUCCAAGCCUGAGAAACUCUUGCCCGUGGAGGAAGGCCGGGCUGCUGCAGGGAAAGGAGUGUGGUGACCCGUGAGGGAGGAGGAGCACCAGAGCUGGGGGGCCUGGCCUUCAGGGCGGGAGCUAGCGGGCCCCCUGUAGGGUCAGGAGAGGACAGGAACCUGGGUUGGCUUGGGCAACUCCAAGACCAUGAGAACCCCUGGGGGUCAGGACAGGUGUGUUGAAGAGGAGGCCACAGUGUCAGAGAAGAGUGGGGGACCUGGUCAGUCUGGAAAGCCGAGGGGCUGCGAGGAACUGUGGUGUGUGGGGUUGGGCCUGGGUUUGCCCAGUGGGCCUCUGCCUUGGGCAGCCCAGAGAUUCUCUUCUGGAGGGCUGGGGGGGUCCCGCCAACAUGAACUUCCAGCCAGCCCCCACCUCCCUCCCUGGAGGGCUGGCUCCUUGCCCUAUAGUGUCUCACUCCUGGCUACUGUGGUGUCAGCUGACCCUGUCUGUCCCUUGCCCGGACACUCUCUGGGUCUAAGAUGCCCCAAAGAAGAACACAGCGUGGCUGGAUUUACUUAGUCUCUCGCCACCUUCCCCGAGCAGAGCGAGACUUCAUUUACACCACCUCUGCUCCAGAAGGCUCCUCUGUGUUUGGCUUCUAGAAAGUUUGAGGGUGUCACGGGUUAUUUUGGUGGGCAGGACCUUGAAUGUUUAGAAUGUGUUUGGCUUGGUUGGAGGAGUCACUGUAGGGUCAGAGACACCCUGAGGUCUGUUGGACCCCAGGCUGGGUUCUCAGUAGCUGUUGAAUGGAGAGCACCCAGAUACUUGCCUGGGAUUUCCAAGUGGUUUUGCUAAAUACUUUUCCUGCAUCUGCUUAGCCAGUGUUUUUACAUCUGUUACCUGCAUUUUGUCAUCACGCACAACGAAAUGGAGCUCAGGAAAAAUGAAAGGACUUGCCCAAAGUUCCGCAGUUGUUGAGUAACAUACCAGAAUUGCAGGCCAGGCCUGUAGACCCCAGAUCAGGCCAUCCCUUGCUGACUGAUUAACCCUACGCUCAGGAGGUGGUGCUGGGGUGCGAGGCACCGGCUUUCUCACUGUCCUCGGGAAUAGAGCCUUCUCUGAGGGGCUGAGGGACACUCCUCCUGCCUCCUGACACCUGUUUCCUCUGCUUCUUGACACCCUCAGCACAUCCAGGGAGACAGAAUGAGGCAGCCCUAAACUCGGUCAAGUCUUGGCCACGGGAGCCCCGGGCUCCUGGGAAGUGCUUGUGCAGCAGGUGUGAGCGCGGCUGAGCACUCCCCGCAGGAAAGCCAGCUCAGCACAGGACAUCCCGGAGAUACCUGGGGAGGGCUGGCCCAGCCCUCCCUGGGGAGUGGGAGACUGAGACCCAGGGAAGGCUCCACCUGGGGACAUGAGGCUUGCCCAUGUCUCCCCACAGGCCCUGUGCCCAUGCUUCCCAUCCCUGCCACGCACCCCAGUAAGCCUGGGCGUGGGGUGGAGGCAGCGGUUUCCAGGUUUCAGAGGAUUUGGCCACAGCCCGGACUUUCUCAGUCUCUGGCCUCCUCACCUAGCUUCUGAGGGAGGGUAACCUCUGGGAGCUGCUGGAGUCUGGUCCUGCCUUAUGGUCAGUGAAUGUCCCUUUUGGGCCCCCCACCCCCUUUUUCAGAAAGAAACUGAGUCCCAGAGAAAGAAGUGACUUCCCCCUGUUACUGUUCAUUUGCUGCUGUGUGUCUCCUGACCUGCCUGGAGUAGCCUCCUUCAACCUGGUUUGUUGGAGCCAGGUACCUGGCUCCUGGCCUGUAACUCUUUGAUCCUCACAGCGGCCUUGUGAGAGAGAGAUAAGCAGCAUUAUUGCCCAUUCUGCAGGGGAGGCGCCCGCGAAGCCCAGAGAGGGCCUCAUCCAAGAACACACAGGUUGGUGCAAGUGACGCAGCCCACAUUUGAGCUCAGUCUGGCUUUAGAACCCACGUUCUUAACCACUGGGGUACACGCCUCAAACUUGUUUGACUGCCAGGCUCCUUAGAAACAGAAUGUGAGGAGUUAAUCCUUCAUGACCCAGUCCCUGCAGAAUUAGACCCGUGGGCUCUGCCUGGCUUUGGACUUGCCUUGCUGCUGGAGGAUGGUCAGACAAUGCCUGCUAUGUGCCUGGCCACUGCAGGUGCCAGGAAAUGGCCCACCCUGAUGUUGGAAGCAUGUUAGCUCGGGUACCGCAGCUCAGGUGCUCAAGUCUCCCCCUUUCUCUCCUCUGUCCACUCCUGUUCUAGAUGGUGGGCAGGGCCCUGUCCCCCUGGGUCCCUAGGGGCCCCAGGAGAACCCCAUUCCUGUUGCCCUGCCCCCUCCAUCCCCGUGGACAAGGGAGGGGCCACGGCCAGCUAGCCUAAACCCUGGGCUUGGAAGGAUGACUCUCACCUGCCCCCAACUGGGGCCUGGGUGCCCGAUGCUCCGCCCUGUAGGGUGACAGGCCCCCUUCCCCCCACUUCUCUCCUCCUUCCCCACUUUUGCUGUGUCUCCCCUUCACCUCCCUUUCUCUUGUCUCCUUUCCUGUUGGGUCAGGGCGUGAUCGCCAGUCUUCACCUCUGUAACAUUGGGAAAGGAUAGAACCGACCCCACAGGCUUUUGAGGCUCAGAUCGAAAGCCCAGCAGUUGUGUACCCCCACAAACAGAUCUUCCUCUUCAUCCUCUUUUUCCCCACAAAGGCAAAAUGUUAGUGGUUGUGGACCAGGUGGGGCCUGGAACUCAGAGGGGGGAGCCUGGUCUCCAGAGGCUGACCUUGCAGCCUGUGAAAGUCUGGGGUGAGCUGGCGAGCCUCCGUCUGCCGCGGCUUCCCCAUCUGUGAGCCGGGGGUCCAGUCACACCUGUGUCGAGGGCGGUCAUGCCGGGGUGCUGAGUGCUUCGCCGGUACAUACUGCUUAAAAAAUGCUGCCUUGCCUGCUUAUUACUCCUAAGGUGUAACCUCAUUGUUUGGGGGGUGCUUUGGGACCUGAGGGAGAAAUUCAGAAUUUUCCUGUCAUGCAUUUUGUCUUAAGUCUUCUGUAGAAGGCAGAGGCCUUCAGUUUGAUCUUGGCUUUUGGGAUUUUUUUUUUUUUACUGUCCCAUUUCCUGUAUGGAAAAAGGGAUCUGCGCCUUUAAGUUCCCAGCAGCUGAGUGGGACACUGGCCCUUUAAAAGCACAUUACAGAGUUGGAACUUAGCCUUUGUUUAACUUGCCUGAUUAGUCCCAGCGGACAGGGCUGGAGUGGUAUGUCUAGGACCGGAGUGGGGCUGGACUGGCUGGGCCCAGCGGGGACCAGCCGGCCUCGGGCUGUCUUGCCCUGGCCCCAGGGCUUCCGGGGCCUGGCGAUCCUGGUGGCUGUGCUGAGGGCGGGUCCCAUCUGAUGCCAAGGCUGAAGGAGUCUCGCUCCCACGAGUCCCUGCUCAGCCCCAGCAGCGCGGUGGAGGCGCUGGACCUCAGCAUGGAGGAGGAGGUGGUUAUCAAGCCUGUGCACAGCAGCAUCCUAGGCCAGGACUACUGCUUCGAGGUGACAACGUCUUCAGGAAGUAAGUGCUUCUCCUGCCGGUCAGCAGCCGAGCGGGACAAGUGGAUGGAGAACCUGCGGCGAGCUGUGCACCCCAACAAGGACAACAGCCGGCGGGUAGAGCACAUCCUGAAGCUGUGGGUGAUCGAGGCCAAGGACCUGCCAGCUAAGAAGAAGUACCUGUGCGAGCUGUGCCUGGAUGAUGUGUUGUACGCCCGCACCACGGGCAAGCUCAAGACGGACAAUGUCUUCUGGGGCGAGCACUUUGAGUUCCACAACCUGCCGCCCCUGCGCACCGUCACCGUCCACCUGUACCGCGAGACCGACAAGAAGAAAAAGAAGGAGCGUAACAGCUACCUGGGCCUGGUGAGCCUGCCUGCCGCCUCCGUGGCCGGGCGGCAGUUCGUGGAGAAGUGGUACCCGGUGGUGACACCCAACCCCAAGGGCGGCAAGGGCCCGGGGCCCAUGAUCCGCAUCAAGGCCCGCUACCAGACCAUCACCAUCCUGCCCAUGGAAAUGUACAAGGAGUUCGCCGAGCACAUCACCAACCACUACCUGGGGCUCUGCGCCGCCCUGGAGCCCAUCCUCAGCGCCAAGACCAAGGAAGAGAUGGCAUCGGCCCUGGUGCAUAUCCUGCAGAGCACAGGCAAGGUGAAGGACUUCCUGACUGACCUGAUGAUGUCAGAGGUGGACCGCUGCGGAGACAAUGAGCAUCUUAUCUUCCGGGAGAACACGCUGGCCACCAAGGCCAUCGAGGAGUACCUCAAACUUGUGGGCCAGAAGUACCUGCAGGACGCACUAGGGGAGUUCAUCAAGGCAUUGUACGAGUCAGACGAGAACUGUGAAGUGGACCCGAGCAAGUGUUCAGCCGCCGACCUCCCCGAGCACCAGGGCAACCUCAAGAUGUGCUGCGAGCUGGCCUUUUGCAAGAUCAUCAACUCCUACUGUGUCUUCCCUCGGGAGCUGAAAGAGGUGUUCGCCUCGUGGCGGCAGGAGUGCAGCAGCCGCGGGCGCCCGGACAUCAGCGAGCGACUCAUCAGCGCCUCCCUGUUCCUGCGCUUCCUCUGCCCCGCCAUCAUGUCGCCCUCGCUCUUCAACCUGCUGCAGGAGUACCCCGACGACCGCACUGCCCGCACCCUCACCCUCAUUGCCAAGGUUACCCAGAACUUGGCCAACUUUGCCAAGUUUGGCAGCAAGGAGGAGUACAUGUCGUUCAUGAACCAGUUCCUGGAGCACGAGUGGACCAACAUGCAGCGUUUCCUGCUGGAGAUCUCCAACCCCGAGACCAUCUCCAACACCGCGGGCUUCGAGGGCUACAUCGACCUGGGCCGGGAGCUCUCCAGCCUGCACUCGCUGCUCUGGGAGGCUGUCAGCCAGCUGGAGCAGAGUAUUAUAUCCAAACUGGGACCCCUGCCUCGAAUCCUGAGGGAUGUCCACACGGCACUGAGCACCCCAGGCAGUGGGCCGCUCACUGGGACCAACGACCUGGCGUCCACGCCCGGCUCAGGCAGCAGCAGCAUCUCGGCAGGGCUGCAGAAGAUGGUUAUCGACAACGAUCUCUCCGGUCUGAUAGAUUUCACCCGGUUACCGUCUCCAACCCCCGAAAACAAGGACUUGUUUUUUGUCACAAGGUCCUCCGGGGUCCAGCCCUCACCUGCCCGCAGCUCGAGUUACUCGGAAGCCAACGAGCCUGACCUUCAGAUGGCCAACGGUGGCAAGAGCCUGUCCAUGGUGGACCUCCAAGACGCCCGCGCGCUGGAUGGGGAGGCAGGCUCCCCGGCGGGCCCCGACGCCCUCGCCGACGGGCAGGCACCCGCCGCUCAGCUGGUGGCCGGGUGGCCGGCCCGGGCCGCCCCAGGGAAUCUGGCAGGGCUGGCCACUGUGCGACGGGCAGGCCAGACGCCAACCACGCCGGGCACCUCUGAAGGCGCACCAGGCCGGCCCCAGCUGUUGGCGCCGCUCUCCUUCCAGAACCCUGUGUACCAGAUGGCGGCCGGCCUGCCUUUGUCGCCCCGUGGCCUGGGUGACUCCGGCUCUGAGGGCCACAGCUCCCUGAGCUCACACAGCAACAGCGAGGAGCUGGCAGCUGCCGCCAAGCUGGGAAGCUUCAGCAGCGCCGCCGAGGACCUGGGGCGGCGGCCCGGGGAGCUGGCACGGCGGCAGGUGUCGCUGACUGAGAAGGGCGGGCAGCCCACGGUGCCGCGGCAGAACAGCGCUGGCCCGCAGCGGAGGAUCGACCAGCCCCCGCCCCCGCCCCCGCCCCCACCGCCUGCUCCCCGCGGCCGGACGCCGCCCACCCUGCUGAGCACGCUGCAGUACCCACGGCCCUCAAGCGGAACCCUGGCAUCGGCCUCGCCGGACUGGGCCGGCCCCGGCGCCCGGCUGCGCCAGCAAUCCUCCUCCUCCAAGGGCGACAGCCCGGAGCUGAAGCCUCGGGCCGUGCACAAGCAGGGCCCUUCACCCGUGAGCCCUAAUGCCCUGGACCGCACGGCCGCUUGGCUCUUGACCAUGAACGCGCAGUUGUUAGAAGACGAGGGCCUGGGCCCAGACCCCCCCCACAGGGAUAGGCUAAGGAGUAAGGAGGAGCUCAGCCAAGCAGAGAAGGACCUGGCAGUGCUGCAGGACAAGCUGCGCAUCUCCAACAAGAAGCUGGAGGAGUACGAGACGCUGUUCAAGUGCCAGGAGGAGACGACACAGAAGCUGGUGCUGGAGUACCAGGCGCGGCUGGAGGAGGGCGAGGAGCGGCUGCGGCGGCAGCAGGAGGACAAGGACAUCCAGAUGAAGGGCAUCAUCAGCAGGCUGAUGUCCGUGGAGGAGGAGCUGAAGAAGGACCACGCGGAGAUGCAGGCGGCCGUGGACUCCAAACAGAAGAUCAUCGAUGCCCAGGAGAAGCGCAUCGCCUCGCUGGACGCUGCCAACGCCCGCCUCAUGAGUGCCCUGACUCAGCUGAAAGAGAGGUACAGCAUGCAAGCCCGUAACGGCAUCUCCCCCACCAACCCCACCAAAUUGCAGAUUACUGAGAACGGCGAGUUCAGAAACAGCAGCAAUUGUUAACCUGCCCGAGGAGAGGGGAGGACCGUGGUGGCCCAGGGCAGGGUCUCGGCCAGGGGGAAAGCACCCCCACAGCCGCAGCCCCCGCGCGGGGGGCCAGAGGCCGAGGCUCGUGUCCCCCUCCCCUCCACCCGAGGUCCAGGAGGCGGCCACAGAGGGAGCCUCGAGAGACUGACGCGGCCUGCUCCCCUUCUCUUCCGGCCGAGGAGCGGUUGGGGCAGGCGGAAGAGACUGCACGCCGGGGAGUGGGCGCGGCCGGGGCGGGGGGAGCAGGCGGCGGCCAAAACCUACCUGUCGGUCAUUGAAUCCGGUGUCUGUCGCCCUUCCACCCGCACCUGGCCGAGUGCAUGGACCCGCACCCUCCCAGGGAGGGAGCUGCCUGGAGAGAUGGAGGCGCAAAGAGCGAGGGGCCUAGUCCUGAGCUUCCCCUGGCCUCUGAGGGCCCCGGACUCCCUCAGCCAGGCCCUGCUCUGUGGGACCGCCCCCCUCAGGUUCCAGGAGCCGCCAGGCGACGGCUGGUCUGCAGGCAGGGAGAAGGUGGGGCAUGGAACUGCCGGCGUUCCGCAUCCCUGCCCACGUCCCCCGAGUCCCUGCCACUGCAUGCAGCCCGGUGGGCCCCCUCCUGGCUGCAAGGAACUGAGGAUCCACCCUGUACCUGCCCCCAGACUCCCCCUCUUUCCACCUCACCUCCCGCCCUCCCUUGUUCUGCCAAAUAGGCCACGAGGGGAUCACAGCUCACUUUUCUGGGCCCUCGUACCUGAGGACCCAGGGCCUCCCCUCUUGCCACAUGGGCCCAGGUGGUACCUGCGGCUCCUGAAGCCAAAGAUCUGGGCAGCGUUGGCCCCGACGGCCCCACAGCACCUGCCCUCCUCUGGGGGCCGGGGCAGCAGGGCGCGGCGCCCGCAGGGAGUGGUCAGCUGUGCCCGCGCUGAGGGAAAGGCUGGUCUUGGGCUUUCCCCACUGCUGGUUUGAAAAAAAAAUUCUAAUGCCCACAGGCCCUGAGAAGGUGGAUAACUGUGAUUUUCUUUCCUUUCACAGUAUGCAUUAGAAACAAAAGCCCGCUUGCUCGCUUGCUGGAACACAGGGGCCUUUUAAAUUGAGCGUGCGCACUGCAUGGGAAAUAGCGGCCCUGGAGGAUGUUAGACUUGCUCCCUCUCCAAGACAGCAGCAGCCUGCAGCGCCCGCCGUGUGUGCGGCCGGCCUCCUCCUCACCCCUCUCGCCCCAGCCAAGGACCCAGGCGCUGCAGACAGGGGAGGGGCGCACCCGCCGGGGGCCGGUUUUCCCCAGCUCUAGGCUGCUCUGUGGCUUUUCAGCCCCCCCCCACCCCUGGCGGGCCGUAGGUGGGCAGGAGCUUGGGCCCUCUGUUCCCGCCUGUCCCCACUCCUACAGAUGGCAGCCCGGCCCUGGGUAACGUCAGUCUGGGCAGGAGCUGGGGCGUUUGCCCACAGCAGAGCCAGGCCGGGCGAGCUGCAGUGGCCGCCUCCACUCGGCCUCAGGAAGCUGAGCAGGCCUGGGAAUGAGCGCUGAGCCUGCCCCAGGGCCGGGCUGACCACAGAGCCCACCAGGAAGGGGCAUGCGGGAGGGGGCCGGCCUGCCCUGCACCCCGGCCCUGCAUGUUCUGGAAAGGGGCUCCUAGAUGAAACCUGUAGUCAGUGAGGCCAGAGGCAGGGGCCUGCAGAGUCACAGACCUCAGGAAGGAAGGGGUGGGGGCUGAACCCUGCCCCCUGCUGGCCACACAGGCAGGGCCUGGCCCAGGGCUGUCCUCCUCUGUCUCAGACUUGUCCCCCACUGUCCAGGGAGCCCUCUUCAGAACCCCCACCCUACCCCGCCCCACCCCUCCCCUCUCCUGCCAAUGCCUCCAGCGACCUCGGACUGAGCGCCUCUUAGCAAUACGUGGGGGGAGGUCCCCAGGGCCCGGGCCGCGGGGUGCAGGAGGCCCCACAAGGUGGCUGCGCUGGCAGCCCUUGGCACGGGCGGUGAGCUCUCGGGCCGAGAGCCUUAUUUACAUAGUGCAAAAACUGUAAAAGUGUACAGACUUCCCAGAUUUUUAUCUGAAAUGCAAGUUGCCGAUUUUUGUACAUGUUCUUGGUGUUUGACUGCAAUGUAACUCUCUCACCGACGGUUGUACAUACUCGCGUCCUGGUGCUGCCGAGGGCUGCCCGGACCGCUGCUCUCCGGUGGGUUCUAUUUUAUUUUUUAACCUAGAGAACAGUAUUGAGCAGGAGGAAGCGGUUUGGGGAUCGCGUCGGGGGGUUUCGCCCCCGCCCGUGGCGCUGAUCUGCUGGCUCGGCGGCUGCCGGCCGGGUGGGCCCCGCCAGAGC